CCAAAAACGAGAAAUGCAAAAAGCCCCUGCACAACAAAACAAAUGGCCAUUGGACCCAUCUUCUUCAGGGCAUCAGACAUUUUCUCAAUUUAUCUUUGCUUGCACCCAUUACCAUUGACAUGUUUAUGAAGAAACCAGCCUCCUUCUUACGCCUCUAAGGCUACCAACUCCAAAUUCAACCAUGGCUCCAGCUUAGGAUCAAUUCUACCUCCUCUUUAGCUUCCUUUUUCUUCUCCCUUCUAUUCCCUGUUCCAGCAGCAGCAGCAGCAGCAGAAGAAGAAGAAGAAGAAGUAGAAGAAGAAGAAGAAAGGAGCAGCCAAAUCCCCUUUUACGUUACAUUUGAAUUGAUCUCUAUUUCGAUCUCAUUUGCAUUCUGCAUUGAAUUUUGGGUCCUGGGUCAUUGAAAAUUUUGUUCAUGGCGCUACAGUCUUCGACCCUGGGUUCGUCCGCCUUCUCUCUUGGCGCGAAACCGUUUUCUCUUCUGCAUUGCUGUCGAUAUAAGGCUGUACCGGUAAGGAAUUUUCGGAAUAACAAUCGGUACCCUAGUCUUUAUUCGUCGACUUGUGUUCAAUUUCGGAGUUCUGGAAGCGUUAUGUGUACGAUUUAUGAAGAAACUGAUGUGUUUGCAAAUGGAGCUCGUUUGGGAUGCGGGGUUAGUGAGAGCUCGAACUGCCCUGGUGUUCCUGAACUGAAUCGGGAUUUUGUUAGAGAAAUAGCAAAGCGUGGGAUUCUUUUCACUGCAAUUGUCUACGGUGUGCUGGUUGUUGGCUGUAAAAAUGUCUUGGCAACAGAGGGUGUGGUUAGUCUCAGUAAGGAUAUUGCUGGGCAGGGGAUAUUGGCGUUUAGAAAUGCGUGGCCAAAGGCGUUGCUGGUCCUUAAGAUUUUCAAGGAGCAGGGUUUGAUUUUGGCUUUGCUUUUGGGACUCUCAGCGUUUUUUUCUAUGGCUGAGACUUCAAUAACCACACUUUGGCCUUGGAAGGUACGUGAAUUGGCUGAAAAGGAACCUGAAGAUGGCGUCUUCAAAAUGCUUCGUACUGAUGUUACAAGAUUUCUCACAACCAUACUUAUUGGCACAACUGUGGUAAAUAUUGGGGCAACUGCAUUAGUCACUGAAGCUGCAACUGCAAUCUUUGGGGAAGCUGGUGUUAGCGCAGCAACUGGAGUGAUGACUGUUGCCAUUUUGCUUCUCACUGAGCUCACUCCAAAAAGUAUUGCUGUGCAUAAUGCUACAGAGGUUGCUAGGGUUGUGGUCAGACCAGUUGCAUGGCUUUCUGUGAUACUUUACCCAGUGGGAAGAAUUGUCACAUACCUAUCAAUGGGGAUGCUUAAAAUGAUUGGUAUGAAAGGGAGAAGUGAGCCAUUUGUAACUGAGGAGGAAUUAAAAUUGAUGUUGCGAGGGGCAGAACUGAGUGGGGCCAUAGAGGAGGAAGAGCAGGAUAUGAUUGAGAAUGUUCUUGAGAUAAAAGAUACACAUGUGAGAGAGGUGAUGACACCUCUUAUUGAUGUGGUUGCAAUAGAUGGCAGUGCCACACUGGUGGACUUCCACAAUUUGUGGGUUACUCAUCAGUACUCAAGGGUGCCUGUUUUCGAGCAGCGGAUAGAUAACAUUGUUGGGAUUGCAUAUGCAAUGGAUUUGCUGGAUUUUGUACAGAAGGGUGAAGUACUAGACAGCACUACGGCUGGGGAUAUGGCUCAUAAACCUGCUUACUUUGUGCCUGAUUCAAUGUCUGUAUGGAAUCUUCUCCGAGAGUUUCGUAUCCGGAAAGUUCACAUGGCUGUUGUGCUUAACGAAUAUGGCGGCACUGUUGGAAUAGUAACCUUGGAAGAUGUGGUUGAGGAAAUUGUUGGUGAAAUCUUCGACGAAAAUGAUUCGAAGGAGGAGAUCCAGAAAAAAACUGGCUAUAUUGUGAUGCGAGCAGAUGGAGUAUAUGACGUGGAUGCCAAUACUGCAAUCGAUCAGCUCUCUGAAGAUCUAAAUAUCAAAAUGCCAGAGGGUCAUCAAUAUGAGACGGUGUCGGGUUUUGUUUGUGAGGCUUUUGGAUAUAUUCCAAGGACGGGUGAAAGUGUUAAAGUGGUCCUUGAAAAGGAAGAUGAUGAAGAAGAGUCCAAUCCUGAAAACAAGAAUCAAAAGGAAAGACACUUAAUAUUCAAUAUUGAGAUAUUAGCAGGAAAUGCUAGAAAGGUUAGCGCUGUUCGGUUUGAAAGGGUGAAUGAUGAUAAUGGUGAAGUGGCUCAUCUUGUCCCAAAAGUGAUGAAGAAGAAAUGGAGCAGUAACGACGAGUCUGGUAGUGUAGAAAAUGAUAAUUUAUUAUCAUCAGAGGGAGUUGACGAUAGCCUCUCUAGAGAGCAUCAAAAUGAUGAUCAUAGUAGUGAUAGAAAUUAGUGAGCAUAACUCAUUUUUGUUCCCUCAUUCUUACAACACCAUAUAGAAGGUGAAGGAUUAAAUUGAAAACGCGGGAAAAAGCAUCAACAAACAAUAAACUAACGUUAUAAUAUUUCACAGAUGAAGAGAGGUGUCAAUAUUUGAAUCAUCAACACAGUUUGUUCUGUGCAUGACUUUUUCUCUUGACCCCACGUCUGAUAAAGUAAGAUUAUCCGUGACUUGAAGAUGAGAUUUUCUGCUUUCCAAGACUGGCUGAAGGUAUGAAGAGCCUUGGAGUGGUGACCUAGGUGGAAGAACUAGUUCAGAAUGGAAAUAUAGCCCCGUUUGCUCUGAGCACACUGCUGUAUUGGCCUGUAUGGACUCAGACGACAUUCUUCGAAAUUCUUUCUGCUCUCUCAACUCCUUAGCUUUCUGCAAUUGUCUAAAUCUUUCCUGCAGCAAGGCGAUGGAGGAGUUCAUUGCUCUGGCAUUACAGUUUUCACUACUCAUUGCCAAAAGAAAAGGAAGGAAAAGAAAAAUGAAAAGAAAAGAAAGUAAAAAGGAAGGGGGGAAAAAGUCAAUCUCCAAUGCUUCGCCAACGAGACCUGUCAGGUAGCUCUUUGAGGAAUGUUUGAAUAUUUGUAUCUCUAUUUAUAGUACAUGGGUAGGUGAUAUUUUGAGAAGAUUAAUUGAUGUAUUAAUUAGUUAAGUUUAAGCUUUCGAUUAGAUAUUGAAUCGCGAAAAUAAAGGGAAGAAGCAGGUGCCAAGAUGGAAAGGCCAAGUAGAAAUGGCCAGGAGCAAAGCUGAGUUUUGGUUGUUGGAUGUGAAGAAGGCAGAGACUUCCAAGGAGAGAGAGGGAUUGAGAGGCAGGAAUGUAGCUUUUGUAGGCGUAUGUUGUGUUCAAUUAUUGGAUUAUGAUUUCUAGUCUGUUUGUCUGAGGGGCUGCGCUGUGCCCUUUUCAAUGGGAUUUUGCUUUGAAUCUACCACUCUCUCUCUUCUCUUUUUCUCUUUUUUCUCUUUUCCUCUUUUCUUUUGAAUUAGAACUCUACAUGUGAAAUUCAGAAUGGUGGAAGUAUAUCACUCUCUUGGGAUUCCUUUGC